AUGAUAAUCGUAUGCAAGGUCAAGGCCAUCCUAAUAGCAGUAAUCAUUUGUUACCACGUAGCAUUUUCCUUUGUAAGACAAAAUCGAAUCGAUAGAAACGCACUGCUUUAUGUUAAGGAGUACACCCCUUCGUUUUCUCAUAAUUUCAAAAAGGAAAAACGCGUAAAAUGUGUAAAAGGAAUAAACGGGGGGAAUAAAAAAUGGAACGUCCCGUUACACAUGACGAACGAAAAAGAAAGCGAUAAAAAGAAAACGGACAAAAGGACCCCCACGGAAAGCGUAAAAUUUUUUGGUUUCUCCCGCAUUUAUGACCAUUUCAAAUUGAGUAAAAGUGAGUCAGGUGCCAGUAGGGGUAACGCACAUUUGUCCAGCGAAGUUGCCAGUAGCACUGCCAACAACAUCGCUGGGAACGUUGCUGGGAACGUCGCUGAAAACGUCGCUGAAAACGUCGCUGAAAACGUGGCGGAUAGGAGCAUUGGGGAGGCGCCUCAACCCAGCAGCGACCACGUGAAGGAACAAAACAACAAUCUGCUAGUCAAAGAUGACCCGAACCGAAUCCAAAGAAUGAAGUUCGAAGACACGAAAGACUACAGCAGCAUAUUCAAAGAGAAGGAAAAAAAGGCGCACAUCAAAACAUACGUGGCUAAUAUCUUUCAAAAAUUGCCCAAAUUUAAGGACAACAUAAAGGUAAUUAAAGAUGCACUGCUGUACCUAAAGUUUAUAGAAAAGGGAAAUCUAUAUUUAAUCAAAAACGUGGACAAAAAAACUGUGAAUGCAGAACCCUAUGUAGAUUUGGAUAAGGACGGCAGGCCCAAAAAUGGCACCAAAAAAGGAACCAAAAAGGACAAAAUUAAAUUAGAACUUACGAGCAUUUACAACAACAUAAAUAAAGAAAAACACAUGAAAAAAAGAAUCUGCAAAGAAUGCUGCAUUAAGGUGGAUCUAUACACAAAGAUGCUCUCUCGGCCACUGAACAACAUUUAUAAUAUGCACAAGAAUCUAAAGAAAUAUCUACACCCAUUUCAAUACAGCCUGUAUGAAAAUGCAAUAACAAAUUUCUACAAAGAUGGAGAAGCAACUAACUCAUUAAGUGAUGUCCUUAAUAAUAUUUUACAAAUUAGAAAAUUGAUAACUCUCACGGGAAAAACAUACGCAGGACAAAUGAAGUACUUAAAAACUUGCAGAGAAAUUUUCUCAAAAUUGAAUGAAGCUAUUGUAGAUCUAAAUAUCAUCUUACAGUCAGGGAGGAAAUGGCUAGAUGUUUACAAUUCGUACAUUAAAUGUGUUAGAAAAAUUAAAUAUAUAGACAUUACCAAGCCAGCCAUUUCUAUCAUAGGGUGCACAAAUGUAGGGAAGAGCAGUAUCCUCAAUUCUGUCACCAAUGCAAAAUCUAAGGUGGCUGAUUAUAAUUUUACCACCAAGGAAUUUAAUUUAGGCCACUAUUCCUUUACCAACGAAAACGAUGUAUUUACAACCCAAAUUAUGGACCUUCCAGGAUUAAUUAAUCGACCUGAAGAAAAAAGAAACCUUAUGGAGAAACUCUCCCUUUCCUCAUUAAAAAAUAUUCCAUCAGCAGUUAUGUAUAUUUUUGAUCCUCUCAAAAAGGAUGACCAUAAAUUCUCCUCCAUCAAAUCACAGGUAGACAUUCGCUACUACCUCAGGGGAUUGUUUCCCUUCAGACCAUGGAUUGAUGUUGUUACAAAGGCCGACUUAAUUACCUGGGAUGAAAUUAACCUGCCGAAAGAUAUUAAAGAAAAUGCUCUGUUCAUCUCAACGGAAGAUGCAAAUUCGCUACUCCCCCUUCGACAGAGAAUCAACGAAGUAACAUUUAAGUUAACCGACUUUUUAGCGAAGCAUACGAUGCAGCCAUGA